AUGAAUCAAAAUAGAAAUCAGGAAAGGGAUGAGUCUUAUCAGAAUGCUGUUCGCGUUGCACGUAAUUUUCAAAAUCGGCCUCCUGGUGCGGCUCAACCACAUCCGAAUCUUAAUCCUAAUUAUCAAAAUCCAAUUGAUCUUGUUAGGAAUUAUAACAGAGCUCGACAACAUCAGGAACCAGAAGAAAAUAUUUACGAGAGAUUGGACAACGACGACGACGACGACGAAGAAAACGAAGGUGAACAUAACGCUGAGGGUGGUCGUAACGAUAUUAUUAAUAAUCCAAAUAAUCAGAAUCCUACGGAUGAUCAUAUAUACGAGAGAAUUGACGAUCGAUCUUCUUGCCGUAAUAGAGCUUAUUCUCGUUUGAAAUAUCAAAUGUUGAAUUUGAUCUCUGGUGGUCAUUUCUUGAACGAGAUCGACUCGAGAAAUUUUAAUCAAUACGAUCAACCAAGACACGUUUAUUUAGAUUCAUCCAGAAUGGGCAAUCAAUUUUGUCAAAGCCGUUUAGGAAGACUCGGACGAAAUUGUUUUUCCAGCGAAAAUCUCGCUUAUGCUUCUACCAGACGAUCAGCUUAUCCUUUGGGUUACAAUUGUUCUUGUCCUUAUUGUAGACAUUUGGAUUCGAGAUAUGUCUGCCAUCAUUGUCAAAGUUUACAUAAUAGACUUCGUUAUCAAGAUACUACCAAUACUGCGAGACAGUAUAUAUAUCAGUUAUCUAGAAACUGCAAAUGUCCCUUUUGUCGUGGCGAUUAUGCAAAACUCUCAUCUGGUAAUAAUAGAUCAACCGAAUCAUCAUCUUCCAGAGGUAAAGAUUCUCACCAUAGAAGUCCUGCUGGUUGUGUUUGCCGAAAUAAGACAAUGCCUAGCUCGAGUUCAUCGAUGCAAGUUGGAAGAUAUGUCGAUUGGAUCAAUAGAAUUGGUUCAUCCGUUAAUAAUCCACUUUAUGCAACGAUUCACAUUGGUAGAAUUGAUCGAUCUUAUUCUGGUUCAGCACCCACUGGUAAUUCUGAUACUACAGCUGCUUCAACAUCAACAGGAGGAUCAACAGAUGCUGGUACUUCAGCGAAUAUCAGAUCGAUCUUUGCCUCGACCUCUUAUAAUCCUUCUACUUCAUCAGCUUCCGUUUGUCUCAUGAAUCGUUCAACGGAACGUCAACAUACGUGCGACGAUUCUUGUAUAAGAAAUCAGAAUCUAGCUAGGAUUUGUCAAUUUCUUGGUAGAUGUGAAAGAGCAGAGUGCAAUCAUAGUAGAUUGUCGGUUCAUUGGUGGUUCGUUAAUAGAUGGUUUAAUACUGAAAGAAAUGUUGACAAUGCUCCUCUCGAAGAAGAACCACGUGAGCGUCAAGAUAGUGAUAGUGACGAUUCUUAAAUAUUCUGUAAAUCUAUGAUUUUCAAUUUAUCUUACUUUUCUAUCGUAUUUCAUCUUCUUAAAUAUCACCGAUGAAUCUCUUUCUCCUAACGAAUGGUCUUUAUUAUCUCAAGUGUUCAUUUAUCACUCAUUUUCCAUUAUGUGUAAUGACAAUAGUUGUAGAGUUUCAGGUUGUGAUAUUUACUAGGAUAUAAUAUUUAAAUAAGUCUACUUCUGGGAUGUCAGUAGAGAGGUCGUUCGAUUGUAGAACUUUAGUUUACUAUUAUUUACUUUUCAUAUAUAUAUAUAUAUAUAUAUUUUUUUUUUUUGUUUUUUUUUAAAUACUAUAGUUUUGUAGCACCAACUUGUGUUAUAUAUAUAUAUAAAUAACUGGCGCAGUGUGUUGUAUAUUAAUAUAAUAAUAAUAAUGACGAUGGUAAUGAUAAUGAUAAUGAUAAUGAUAAUGAUAAUGAUAAUGAUAAAUAAUUGACAAUGUUCUCCGUUUGCUAUAUAGAUCAUAAUCUACCGAGUAGAAUCUAAUAAUGAUCGACAUCGGUGAACAUUAAAAUUUUCAGUCGUCUAGAAAUAUUAAUAGCCAUUUUUUAAGCUUGCUCGUAAGAUUAAACGACCUACUCGCUGCUUCCACGAUUAAAAUGAAAAAAACAAAAAAAAAAAAAAAGACAAAACAAAAAAAACAAAAAAAAGAAAAAAGGAAAAAGAAUCUCUACAUUUACAAAUGAUAAGACUUGAUGUUAUUAUGCUCAUAUAUAUUUAGAUAAAAGAUUAAUCAGUAUUUUUAAAAAUUGCCUUUGCAUAUUGCUCGAUCGAACCGAAUUCGAUGGAAAGUUUUCGAAUUUGCUAAAAAAGAAAAAAAGAAAACGGAAUCGUAUUUUACGUUUCUAUUUGAAGAAAAAAGGUGUAAAUAAUUUUUUGUAAUUCGAUCGUCGUUAUGGUAUUUAUCUAAAAAAGAAGAAAAAAACAACCAAAAAAAAAAAAAUAAAUAAAUAAAUAAAUAAAUAAAUGGAGUAAAGAAAGGAGAGCAUUGUAAAGGCAAAUAUUAUGAAACGUGUCGAUAAUUUGAUGAAUGAUUCUUAUACGCCAAUUAAUAUAAAUUAAGAUAAAAAUAAAAAGAUAAAAGAUCUCACGCUUAAGAAAUUAAAAGAACAAAAGAAAAAGAAAAGUAACAAAUUAAAUCGACUAAAAUAAUUGAGUUGAAUUAUAUCGAUUCUAUUCUAAAGAAUCCGAUUAAUUUUAACUCCAACGGUACAAGUUAAAUUCUUAAACGUAUUAUCUAUAUUUAUUUUUUGUAUUUCGGGGAAGAAGCAGAUGUUAUAUACAUAUAUCAACGUUGUGAUCAACGUCUAAUUAAUAAAGGAUCUUAUGAUAGAUAA